AUGUCUGCGAAUAGCUCUAAUAAGAGGAAAAGAGACGGCUCUGUUGAGUUGAAGGUAUGUGUUAUAUGUAACAGUAGAUGCGACGAUAUUGUACACGAAGGCACAUGAGAGGGGACUAGCGAAGUUAAAAGAAGCGACCAAUGCGAGACGCAACGCACCUAAUGACACGUGCUACAAUGAGGCAAUGGAUCGCAUAUGUAUUGCAUUUGACUCUUCCCUUGCCGGUGAUCCUGAACUGGUUUGGCAUAGGAAAUGUUACUCAGACUUCACUCAUAAAGGCAAAAUUAAGCGCUUGACCGAAACUGUGCAAAGCGAUAACACAUCUAAACGAAGAAGGGAGUCAUCUGAAGGCAUGACGUCUGGUGUUUCUACUUCGGAGGCUUGCUCAACAAGGCGAUCAACUCAACCAGUAAAUUGGGAUUUAUGUAUGUUUUGUCAGGAGCCUGAUGGAAAACAGCGCCUUAUUUCAGUGUCCACGUUUAACGUGAGUAAAAAUAUUCUAGAAUUGUCUAAACUGGAUAACAAGAUGCGAGUUCGCCUUGCAGGAGUAAAUGAUCUCAUUGCUGCUGAAGGCAAGUAUCACCAAAAUUGCCGAAAUGAUUACAGUUAUAGUACAUCCAAAACAAAGAAAGAAUUAGAGAACACUGACAUUGCCUUCAUAUUCCUGUGCAAUGAGCUCCAGUAUGCUGCCGAAAAAGAACAGGUUCUUCAACUAUCGGACGUCUGGCAGCGAUAUCAGGACAUAGCUGCUGAAACAGAGACAUCCGUUCCUCAGUCGUUUUUCAGUCGUAGAACCUCAUUCAAAGAAAAAUUAGUGGAAAGGUUGGGUAGCUUGUUUGAAUUUGUACAACCGCUGGAACGAAACAAAUUAGAAAGAGAACCAUUACUUAUUCCACGGAAGUAUUCCCACGAUGUACUUGCUGAUUACUACUAUUCUACGAUUAGUAACGAUGAUAUGCUCACUAUGCCCACUUAUCAACACGACGAUGAUGCAUUUCGUUCGCUAAUUCACGUUGCUCUACAGAUACGAGGUGACGUUAUUGCGACACCUGGACAUGAAGGCCUUGAUGUGGCCGAGGCCGCUGCAAUUGACUGCGUCCCUGAUAGAUUAUACAUGUUCUUGAAUGUGGUUCUUGGCGGGCAAACACUCAUAGACUGUGAUAGUGAAACCGAAGGUAAAGGCAGUGCAAAGCGCCAAACGCUGAUUCUGAGCCUCGCACAAGAUAUAGUAUACGCAGUGAGCGAGGGUAAAAGGUGGACUCCAAAGCAUAUCGGUCUCGCAAGCACACUGCAUCAACUGACAAGGUCGAAGCAUUUGGUGGAGCUUUUCCAUCGUGCGGGGCACAUUCUCAGCUAUAAGCAAGUGCUGAAGAUUGAUACAGCGCUAGCAGAGCAUACACUGCAAUCGAUGAAUAGAGACAAUGGUGCUGUAGUUCCGCCCAACCUCUCAAGUGACGUCUUCACCCACUACACCGCCGAUAACAUCGACAUCAACGAUUCAACUCUGGAUGGCAAGAAUACAUUCCAUGCAACUCAAGUGGCUGCAUGGCAAAGAGGCCCUGCACCAGACGCACAACUAUCGCAAUUAAAGCCAUCGUCAAAUGUUACUUUGAAAAUUCCAGAAGCCAUGGAAAAACUUAUACCAGCAAAUAUCAACGAGGGUAAAACAUGCCCAGUAUUUGCCGAGUGCGUCGAGAUCGAGUGGUACACAGUUGAGAAGGACGAGUCUGACAUUGUGCAGCAAGCACGCGCCAUCGAUAUGUCUUACCUUGUGACGCGACAAAACAAAGAAACACGUCCUAGCUGGUCGGCUUUUAAUCAGUCGUUAAGUAAACGGAGUGCAGAAAGCGCGGCAAUUACUACUGUGGGUUACAUGCCAAUAAUUCAGGCACCAGCACACGAGAUAGAUACACUGAACACUGUAGUGAGACGCUGUAUGUACAUCUCUUCGCAACUAGGGCAAGAAUACACAGUUCUCACAGUUGAUCAAGCCUUGUAUUACAAGUUAAUGGACCUCAAAUGGACUAUCCCUGAAUACAAAGAUACGCUGAUCCCGCGUCUCGGUGGACUGCACAUUUCCAUGAAUUUUCUCAAGGUUAUUGGGCAGCACACCAAAGACUGUGGCCUUGCUGAAGCAUGGGCAGAAGCAGGGAUUUUAGGUAGCAGCACAAUCGAGCAUGUGAUGGCGGGAAAGGCAUACAAUAAGGGAAUGCGCAGCCACAAGUUAUCAUUUCAAGCAUUGUGGAGACUUCUUUUACCCGAGUUGCUAACAUUUCUUCGAACCAUUGAUGCAAAUCUUGCGGAUGAAAUUGAGAAGCUGUCCGAAGCCGACGACAUCGACAAGUUGACGACAACGCUGAAAACGGCAAGGUACAUGUCACACGAAUAUUUUUGGCCAAUUUUAAGUUUUCAUGUCUCCCAGCCUUAACAUUUACACGUUUCUUGUCUACUUCGACUUAUAUAUAUUUUCAAAUUUUCAGGCUUCAAGAUGUCAUGGAUAAAUUCGUAGAGGAGCGAUCAUCAAAUGCAAAUUUUUAUUUUUGGUGGAGUUAUCUGGAGAUGGUAUCUAUUUUGUUAAUGUUUACUAGAGCCCAGCGUGAUGGCAUAUGGGACUUGCACUUGUUUUCAUUCAGAUGCAUGCUGCCUUAUUUUAUGAGGUACGAUCACACAAAUUACGCAAGAUGGGGACCAAUCUAUCUCGCAGAGAUGCAUCAGUUACCGGCAAAAGUGCUUGAGGAAUUUAAGAAGGGCAAUUUCGUUGUCAAACGAUCUGCAGCCGAUUUCAACCAAGUGAGCCCAGACCAAGCUCAAGAAUGGUUGAAUGCGACUGGAAAGAAAGGCGGAGGUGUGGUGGGUAUAACCAAAACAGCUUCAGCAUUAAGCAGAUGGGCUCUCUCAUACAAUCUGCGUUCUCAUGUCGCCGCUGAAACUGCACUGAUGUUCAACUGUAAAACGGAUGACAGCCUAAUUCACAAAGAGGGUGGGCUAUCAAGGCAAAUUCACGACAAUGAUGCGGAGAAUGCACUGUACUUGACAUUUCAGAGGUUUAAUGCUUUUUCCUUGUGUGUGUCAAACGAAGAAUUACAGAAUAUCGCGACCAAAGACUUGGCAACUUCGGAGAUUGAGCAGUCGUUGCUAAAUGCACGAAGUUUGGGACAGUCCCAACUCGAAGAGUUUGUUAGGGUUAGAGUUCUACAAAAUGCGGAACAAGAGCCUAAAACUACGUUCCGUGAUUCCCUUUCCAAGAACAAGCCCCUCACAUUUGCCAACCUCUACGAAGUAAUGAAAGAGGAGGCAUCAACGGAGAAAAAGAAAAUUUUGACUGUCGAUAGAAACGUUCUCCACCGUCUGAUUACCGCGUAUGAGGCUGGUCGCGAAGUCAAUAUGCAGGAUAUCCUGAAGCAUGAGCUCAUGCCUGUCCCUGUCUCCAUUGUUGAAACGAACCAGGCAUUAAGAUCUGGAAACAAGUCUGUCCUUGCAGAGGUUUUAACAAAAGAAGUUACUUGCCCUGCAGCUGUAACCCUCGUAGGCGACUCGGCAUUAGUAAUCGACGGAUUUGCAUUGGUUGCAGCAAUAGGCAAACCAGAAAAGGCAAAAACGUUUGGUGACUUGUCGGAUGUCUUUUUCAGCACUAUUUUGAACAAAGGGACUGAGUACAAACGAGUCGACAUCGUGUUCGAUAGAUAUCGAGAGAAGUCGAUCAAAGCCUCCACCAGAACUCGCAGGUCUCGGAAUGUGCGUGCCAUUCGGAGAGUUAUUGAAGGCCGAUUUGUUCCUUUACCAUCAAACUGGCAGGCAUUUCUUGCACUUGGUGACAACAAGGCUGACUUAGCUCGGUUUUUAUCCGAGGAGCUGAUCACAAUGGCACCUGAACACAAAGCUAUUAUUGUUUCUGGCGGAUUCAAGGAUGAAGAGGAGGUACGGUGCUCAGACUCAACAAUUGACGUUCUUGGGCUGCGUUGCAAUCACGAGGAGGCGGAUACCCGCAUUGUCUUACAUGUUAUACACAACAACGGGUUUGCUCAGAAUGUUGUCGUUUCAGCCCGUGACACAGAUGUGCUACUGCUGUUGUUGGCCCAUCGACAUCGGAUAACUUCGAAAGUCUGGAUUGCAGCAGGAACUGCUAAGAAACCCAAAUUUAUCCCUUUAGACGAUGUCUAUCGUAAGCUUCCAGCAGAAUCAGAGAAGGCCAUUCUACAAUUUCAUGCGAUCACCGGCUGCGACACCACCUCGUACCUGUUUGGUCACUCCAAGAAGACCUCAUGGACGGUGUUGAAAGAUUACUUUCAUCUGCUCCUUUCCCUCGGAGAAGGAACUCUGACAACAGACACACUUAAAAGAGCAGAAACGUUUGUUUGCAGAAUCUACAAGACAAACGUACCAUCCGUGGAUAUGGCUCGAUUUCUGCUAUUUGCUAAGGCUGGUACUCCAGAUAAACUUCCACCAACAAGCGACGCCUUGAAGUACCAUAUAAUGAGAGCUCAUUAUCAGGCUAUGGUGUGGCGACAGGCGCAUUGUCCAAAGCAAAUUCUGCCUAAGCCUGAGGAAUCUGGUUGGAAACUUAUGGAUGACAAGCUGGUUCCAGUCCUGAUGACACGUGACCCAAUUCCGAAAGCAUGUGUGGAGAUGAUUACAUGCAAGUGCACCACUGGUUGUGCAACUCUGCGUUGCAAGUGCAAGAAAGCAAAUAUUGUGUGUUCCGGACUAUGUUGCUGCGGCAAAUCGGAGAACGACUUAUGCAUUAAUAAGCUACCAUAG